UCCCGGAAGCGGGCCUAGGCGGAUGUCUCCUGCGCGUCCCUGCAAGGGGCUGAGGGCCGCGGUGGCUGCCAGCGUGGGGUUGAGCGAAGGGCCGGCGGGCUCCGCCCGGAGCGGCCGCCUCCUCCGCCCUCCGAGUCCCGCUCGGGCGGCGCCGGGGUGCCGGCUGUUGCGACUCCCGGGGAACGGGGCCGCGCGGUCCGCAAGCCCCGAGCGCGCCGGUUGGACCGAGGCGCUGCGGGCUGCCGUGGCCGAGCUGCGCGCCGGCGCCGUGGUGGCCGUCCCCACCGAUACGCUGUACGGCCUGGCCUGCUCGGCGAGCUGCUCGGCGGCACUGGGCGCUGUGUACCGCAUCAAGGGCCGCAGGGAGGCCAAGCCGCUGGCCGUGUGCCUGGGCCGCGUGGCCGACGUCUACAGGUACUGUCAUGUGAGAGUACCCGAGGGGCUUCUGAAAGACCUAUUACCAGGACCAGUGACCCUGGUGAUGGAACGCUCGGAGGAACUCAAUAAGGACCUGAACCCCUUCACUCCUCUUGUAGGCAUCCGUAUUCCAGACCAUGCCUUCAUGCAGGACUUGGCCCAGAUGUUUGGGGGACCUCUUGCUCUCACCAGUGCCAACCUCAGCUCCCAGGCCAGUUCUCUGAAUGUCAAGGAGUUCCAGGACCUCUGGCCUCAGUUGUCCCUGGUAGUUGAUGGCGGACCAAUUGGGGAUGGCCAGAGCCCUGAGUGUCGCCUAGGCUCAACUGUGGUUGACUUGUCUGUGCCUGGAAAGUUUGGCAUCAUUCGUCCAGGCUGUGCCCUGGAAAAUACUACGGCUGUCCUCCAGCAGAAGUACGGGCUGCUCCCAUCACAUGGAUCCUGCUUCUGAAACUCGGGAGGCAGGAGGGCCAGGGUGAUGCUGGACACUGUGUGUCUGUCCACUGGUGGCUGGCAAGGCCUCAUUUGCAGAGGCCACUGGGGCCACAGCUUCACUGGAUCUGACACUUUUAAGGCAGUUUGUCUUUCUGGACACUGGACCAGGCCCCAGCAGCUGCUGGCUCAGCUUCACGCCUGGGGGAGGGGGCUAUAUUUAUUAUCUGUAAUUUCGUAUGUCAGUCAAAAGCCAAAUAGAGACUUUAAGAACAUUUCUAGAAUGUUCUUAUUCUGGUCAGUCUUCUUUCCUUUCUCUCCUUUUUAAAGUUUUGAAAUAUAAUUUAAAUUACAUUUGGAAUCUAGUAUGAGGUGGUGGCAUUUAAGGUCCAAAUGGCUAGAGCGCCAAAAAUUGGUGCUGUUUCAAAGUCUCAGGUGACCAAAGGCGUGCGUUUUGUGCUCCUCCAGCUGGACCAGGUUAGCAUAAAGAUUAUAGAGCCACAGGCCAAACACUCUUUCCUCUGAACUAGGGGCUGGUGGUGUGGCCUGCUGUGAUUGCCUGGCAGUCGUCAUAUUGGUCUGAUGGAGGAAGUCAGCUCAGUUGGCAGGGAAUGGGAUGAGGGGUCCAAAUUAGAGAGUAUUGGAAAAUAAAUCUCUACUAUCUCUUUCAGACAGUGACUUUUCUUAUUCAUAAAAAAAUUAUAAUUAUGCUUAUAAUACCUUUAUUUAAAUCCAGUGUCCACUCAGCAGCCUUUGUGUGUAUUCAUAUGUAUACCAAGUGUUAAACAUUGUUAUUAUCGGCCAUUUGAACUUUGUUUUUCUUUGAUAGAAAAUAA